GUUUUUCGGGGGGGAGUGGGACCUCUGGGCCCUGGUUGACGCUCAGGCGCGUGGGCGUGGCUUAGCGGCGCUGUUCAGGUUUUAAACCCACACGUGGUCCGCGUCUUGGGCUUGUUUGGCACCGCCGACUCCGCUGGAAACUUCUGAGCGACUCAUGCCAGGGAGCCUGUCGCCGCGGGGGGGACAGACGGGACCGUGCGAGGCUUCGUGGACACCCAGCGAAAUGCCUUCUUACCCCAAACUCAACCAGUUCGCCGACCUGGAGGAGAUGAUGUGCAAGUUACUGAGUCUCGACCUCAGGGAGUCCAAUGGACCGCUACCACCCCUCAGUCUAGCAAUGAAAACACCGGGAUACAUCGGUCAGCCGGGUUGCAACCCGUCAUUUUCCCCCUCGUCACUCUCCAGCCUUCCCACUGAUCCUUCAGAAAGCGUAUUUCUGACCUCCAGCCAAUGGGGGCAGCAGUCAGAAAGCCCAAUGUCCUCCCAGCUUGCCAAUUCCUCCCAGUGGGGGAAAUCAGGCUUCCUUGCCCAGCGCUCUGUCAGCAUGGUAGAGACCAGCAGCACCACCGCAGCAAGUCUAGGCUGGCCCGGCACUGACAUGAAGCACUCUCAAAGUGACAGCCUCACCGCACUGAACAUUAGCCCCUCCCCCUCCAAUUCACCUCUUUCCUCAUCCUCGUCACGCUACAAGACUGAACUGUGUCGAUCUUUUAACGAGAACGGGUUGUGCAAGUAUGGUGGGAAGUGCCAGUUUGCCCACGGGCUAGAUGAGCUGCGGGAUCUCAGCAGACACCCAAAAUACAAAACUGAGCCAUGUCGCACAUUUCACACCAUCGGCUUCUGCCCCUACGGGAUCCGCUGCCACUUUGUCCACAACAACGAGGAAGAGAUGAAGCACUCCCUCUCUCGCUCCUCAUCCUCUUCCUCCUCCUCAAGCAUUCCCCACCAGCCCCUUUGCUCCUCCCGCACGCGCAGACCCCCUCUUGUCAGACAGAGCUUCAGCUUUGCUGGGUUUCCCUCUGAUCCCCAGCAAGCCCUUCAGCAUGCCCUCACAGCUCAUCUUCCUCCUGCCACUGCCUCUUUCACACCUGUGCCCGCAACCCCGCCUACUCCCUGCGCCGAUAUUACUGACUUCCUCUCUCAUGCCUUCCUGGAGAUGGACUCUGCCUUCGAGGCCUUCCCUGGCCACAAGUACCAACACCUUGUUGGCCAGGCUAUUACAGCAGAUCCCAGGUCUCCAUUCUUGCCAUCCCCAGACUCUGGCUGCUCCCCCUGUGGGCCCUCUCCAACUGGCUCGCCUUCCCUGAGGCAGAGUCCCAGCGCCACUGGGAUCUUCCCCCAGCCGCUGGGUGCCCGAUCCCUGUCCUACACCUCUCUGUCAGACCACGACCAAGAUGGGAGCAGCAGCUCGACGAGCUCCCUCAGUGGCUCUGAGCCCUGCGGAGGCACUAACGAAGGCAACGCCAGACGUCUGGCAGUGUUCAGUCAGCUCUCUGUCCCCUAGGAUGCUGCUGGGGUCUGCCUUUAGGAUGCGGUGUGCUAGGACGCAGACGGACAUGGUUACAUACAUUCAGACGCAGACCCGAGAUACAGAGACACAACACAUGCAGCACACACACAAACCAAUGCUCAAGCACAAACAAUGAGGAUAAAUUCUACACACAAACAUACAUUCACCUCUCACACACAAACCACUGGACCGACACCUCAGACGUCCUUUGCACCGCUGUGCCAUCAAAGGAAACAAAGACUUGAACAAAUGACAGAACACUGACACAGAUUAAUUGGCCUGUUAGAUUUUUAGGGGCUGAAACGCUGCAGUCAAGUGUUUAAAGGAAGCCACAGUGAUACUGAUAAUAGAAUGUGUGUUCCCACCAAAUCGGGAGUACAUAUCAAGACAGACGUCUAAUAUACUUGGACGUGUUUGAUGCUUUAUCAGAAUGGUAUGUUGAGAAGGCAGAUGGCGAGCGCGGUAAUGUAAUCAGUGUGAUUGUCCCCAGUGCCUUCUGUCGUAUAGACCAAUUCAUAUUUACAUGUCGUCAGCCUCUUCCAAGUGACAUGCAGAACGUGAUAAAGCCAAAGACGUGUUUGUAGCUCAAACUUUUUUUUUUUUAUUAUGGUGGGGUAGACACACGACGUGGCCCGUGUUCAGGAGUUGUUUUUCCAUUGACCGUACACAGUAUCUUGGUGAUAAGCCGGUGAUUUUCUUUUUCCCCUCCUAACCAUACGGUGUGAGGUUAUGUUUAAAUCACUGGCCUUGCACCUGAAUGUUAAGUUUUUAAACAGCUGAAGUGCCUGUCGUGUUAUUUAACAGGUAAUGUUAGGUGUUGAAUCAAGAUUUGCUGGGCUGUUUUUUAAUUUUUUCUAAUUCUUCUUUUUGACACAUAAGCUAGUGUGAGUUCAGGUCUCUUUUGUUGUUAAGAUUACUACAAGUGUUGAUCUUCUGUCUCUUGUGCCUUGUUGACAAACUGCCACCAGUGAGUACAAGUACAAGAGGAUGAAGAGGGACCCUUCAACAAAAGCCAAGCAGGCUUGAUCAUACGUUUUUUUUUCACAUCUCAUGUUCAUGACAUAUCGUUAUCUGUUACUUGCCAACAGGAAAAAAACAGGACGGGAUUUUAUUGGCUUUUGGUAAGUGAUGGCAGGCAUAGAAAGAAACCCAUCUACACUGGGAGUCAAAGAUGGACAAAAACCUUAAAUGAUAUGCCAUCACAUUAUUUUGCAUCUCGUUUUGUGUAAUCUGACAUGAUGCGAGUAUAGCUUUGGUUUCAAGGUACUCUGCUCAGAUGUAAAGUUUAAUCAAGUCAAAUUAAAUGGCUGCUUUGUGAAAGUCCGUUUUUUUACCUCUGGCAAGUUUCCUUAAAAAGCAUUUUGUAGUGCUGAAUAUGUAUUUUAGACGACCUUAAACACAAACAUUCCCCGGAGUGGGAUUUCUUCUUUCCUCCAUUGUCCACAGGCAGCACUGGUGUUACAUGUUUGAUUCAUGUUUUUGUGGCCACCAUCUUGCAUCUCUCCGUCAUCUCUG